CGCCAAUCCAGCGGUCUGACAUCUGGAGCUUUAGGCAGGAAAGGAGUCCAGGAUGAACCACCCCACGGGGGUCACCCCAGCCCCAAUCUUCUUCUCCUGCAACGUCAGCCCCAGCGCCGAGCCCGAACUCCACAUCGGAGUCACCAAGAGCGAGCCCUACUCCGUCGCCAUCCCCAUGACAGUCUUCUACGGCACCAUCUUCCUGUUUGGAGUCCUGUUCAACAGCGUGAGCGUGCUGACACUGGUAACAGACGCUCGCAUGAGAGUCAGCGCCAUCCGUCUGUAUCUCCUCAGCCUGGUGCUAUCAGAUAUCCUCCAGCUGCUGACCAUCCCCGUAACUCUGUACCGCUACUACUGGGAGAGCUACCCCUGGCGUCUGGGCCAGGGAGUCUGCAAGGCGUACUUCAUGGUGCGCCAGAUCUACUGUGCCACCACCAGCUGGGUGAUCUUGGCCUUCACGGCCGAGCGCUACGCUGCGAUCUGCCACACCAUGUGGUCCCUGUCCAGCCUGCAGAAGUCCCGUCUGCCUUGCCUGCUGACCUGGGUGUGGGUCCUGUCCCUGGUGUCAGCCGUGCCCUUCGCCGUGGUCUACGGCCACGCCCGAGCCUGCAUCCUGGACUACACGGCCACAUCCCCCGAGGAGGCCUUCCAUGUGUCCACCAUGUGUGAGAUGACGGAGGCCGACCCGGCGCCCAUCUACAGGGGAGCGCUGCUGCUCAGGGCUGGCCUCUGCUUCCUGGUGCCUAUGGUGGCCAUCCUAGCCCUCUACCUGCUCAUUCUGAUCCAUCUGAAGAAGAACGAGAACCAGAGACGGGCCCUGGGCCUCACGCGCCCAGCGCCCGAUGGCAGGAGAGACAUCCAGUGUCACCAGAAUGAAAAACUACUGCUCAAUGAGAGGAGGGCGCUGAGGCUCAUGGGCGCGGUGGUGGUGGCCUUCUUCAUCUGUAACUUCCCCGACAUCGCCUCGUCCCUGAUGCAGGUGUACGUGGUGGUGUGGUCUGACAAGGUCCUCUCGGUCUACACCAUCCUCAAGUCCUACCUGGCCCUCCCCCUGUGGUACGCCAACAGCGCCCUCGACCCCCUGCUCUUCUGCAUCUCCUCCCACACCUUCCGCAGGGCCUGCUGGAAGACCCUGGGCCGCCUGAGGCCUCGCUGCCCCAGGAUGCGGUCCCCCACGGCCGCAUGGCUGGCCCAGAGGACCUCCAGUGGGACAGCAAGCGGGACGGGCAGGGACGGAAGCGACUGCUCUGGAGUUCCGAAGGGGCCGGCCAGGACAGUGACUCUGGGGCAGGGGGGGACAGACAGCACCGAUGGGGGCGUCCCCAAUCAGCAAGAACUGGAGCAUCACACACUUUAACCUGAUCAUCUUUACAGACAGCAUCCAGCUUUCCCUCUACCCAUCCUCCUUUAUGAUCUACCUCUCUCGCUCUCUCUUCUCUCUCUUCUUGCAGUUCUCAUUUUAUCCCCACCCUGUUCUGCAUAGGGUAAAGAUAGACUAAACAAAAACAAAGUCACACAUACAUAGGCCUAUUUAUACAUAUUGUAUAGAAAUAGGCCUACGUAUUAUUUUAAUAAUUUAAAUGAUAAAAGACUUACAGAUACAUAAACAAUUAUAACGACAUGAUAUUGUUUGUAUAGGGUUGUAGUUCUCAACCUUUUUUCCCAC